GCAAAAAUUUUAUUCAAAAAUUUAUAAAAUAUGAAAAGGAUCGUGAGCGUGAUGGCAAUCCUUUUGUUUAAAAAAGGUCGAUCCUGGAUUUCGAUUAUUUUAAAAGGAUCGAUUAACAAGCCUGACAGUAGGUAGCAUAUAUUGUCGCCAUCGACAAGACCAUAGAUAGAAAACAACAAUCAAAAUAUAGAAAAAUCAACAAAAUCCAAUGCUUAGCGCAUUCCUAAAAAUAUAGAAUUAGAAAAUAUCAUAUUUGACACACCACCUAAAAUUUAGCACGGUGACUGGAAUCCAAUCGUUUAAUUUUAGCAAAAAUUUUAUUUGCCCUUUUUAAUAUGAAUAAUUUUGAAACUUCAGCUAUUGAUGAGACAGAUACUGAUAGUGAAACAUCAUCCAUUCUUCACAAAACUAUCAACAAAGAUAAAUCAACUGACACAAAAAAACAAGCACAUACACUUUCAGAGCAAAGACGUAGAGAUGCUAUCAAGAAAGGAUAUGAUGAACUGUCAGAUCUAUUGGCAACUUCAGAUAUUCCCACUUCACCAUAUAUGAUCAAUCAAAAUCCCUCUGAUGAUACUAAUAAGGACAAAAAUUUAUACUAUAAUAAAAUAAGCAAAGCUGCAUUGUUACAAAAAAUGCAAGAAUAUGUAACAAAUUUACAAAAACAUGUGAAGGAUCAAGAAAAUGAAAUGAAUAAGUUAAAGAAAGAAGUCGAAGCUAUGAAUAUAAUGAAAACGAAUUAUCAAUCAAUACUAUUGAUAAAAAAUGAAAAUAAAAUUGCAAAAAAUCAAGCAACUAAAAAUAAUGACCAUAAUAGACCUUCAAAUCUUUUGUCUCCUCAACAGUAUGAUGCAUAUUCUACUAACAGAGAAAUUAAAUCGCAGAUUUUUCAUAUGAUAAUGGACUUUCUCUUCCUAACAUUUAAUACCACUAUAAACAUUAGUAAUUUUAAAGAGCUUUCCAAAUCUAUACUAUAUUGGGUAGAAGAAUAUUGCAAACCAGCCAAUUUGAAGGAAAUUACCUCACGUAUUUUAAAACAGAUCAAUCCUACAAAGAAAAUUUAAUAUAAAAUUGUAAUUAAAUUUUGAGGGUACAUUAUAUGUAGUUCAUUUAUUUUUCAAAUACAAUUAUAACAUGUUCGAUGGUCUUAAUAUGUUGAUCUUUUCAAUUCUGGCUAUCCUAUAUAUAUGCAGAUAAAAAUAUUAUUUUCUUAGAAUUA